AUGGUCAAAGACAUCUUGUUCGAAGUCGAAUCAAAAUCACUUUACAAUCCCGAUAUUCGUGGAGAACAGGCAGAGCCGCUUCAAAUUUUUUACCAGAUCUCAUCAAUUCAAGGCCCGUCUCAAUGGUUAAACUCCUAAACGUUGCUGCAAUCCUGGUCAGCUGCGUCGGUCUGGUACAUGCUGUGCCCAUGGAAGAAGUGCAGUGGAGUAUUUGGCACGAUGUUGCGCCAGAAUGGAAUGAAGCUGCAGUUCUCAUUGCGGAGAGCAACUCUUCCAGCUAUGUAGACAUCGAUGGUUGUUUGCAUAAAUGCCGUCAGAUGACAGCCUGUGAGGCAUUCACUUGGAGACCAUUUGACAGUGGACACAACUCGUGCAAAUGGUUCAACGCGACAUGGGAGACCACCUUACCUGUCCCGUUCAAAACCAAAAUCGCUCAAAAAGGACUUAUCGAAGGACGAACGGAGGAUAUGACCGUCAGGUACCCCAAGAGUGGUUGAUCGACAUCAGCGGCAUUGCAUCUCGCCACAAAGUCCAGCUGAGGGGGUUUGUGACGUUCAUUUGCGACUGGGGUCCUCGACUCAGAAAGGCUUGUACUUGUUGUUAUCAUGACUGCUACCCCAUGAAAAUUACCAUCGCUACAG